AAUGCCGGUGGUUGGAUAAGGAUUCGGGAGGAUUGUAUUUGAUUGUAUUGUAAUAUUACGUUGAUUGUAGCAUGACAUUGGACCGUAUACUUGUCAGCCUCGAUUCGAAAAAGUCACGGAAAACGAAGUGGUUAGCCAAAGUAUACUGAGUGGUAGCGCAGCGACAGUAACACUAGUCGGUUCGAUCCUGAAGCAGGGUCAACAGUAAACGAGAAGCUUGAACUUGCCUUUUUGGGUGCAUGCUGCUUUCUUUUUCUGACGGCCACUUUCCUUUCUCGUUUGGAUGAAAAGAGCCUUCUUCUCGUCUUCUUUGGUUGAAUAUUCCAGCUCCGAGGAUGACGACAAUGUAGAAAAACCUGUGAAACGGAAAAAACUGCCCACUCUUUCAGCAUCCUUGGUUGUUGCAGCCCCCAUAGACGAUCCUUCUCUUCACCAAGGCAGAAAACGAAAUACUCCUCAUGUUGACGGUCAAUGGGCUGCUCAUGUUUAUAUAUCUCUUGGGUUGAACCGGAAAUCUGCACUGUUCUCUCUGCUCAGUCAAGCUAUACAGUCAGCGAAGGAUGAGAUACCCUCGCUGAAUGAUUUCUGGUCGAAGGACGGGGAUGUCGGACCUGAGUUGCAUGUGUCCUUGUCUCGGCCGAUAUAUCUACGUGCUUACCAGAGGGAAGACCUGAAGCGCGCCGUGAAGUCUCUUGCACUAACUCAUCAAAGGUUCACCAUCUCUUUCUCGACCUUUGCUGAGCUCACUAACGACGAGGGAACGAGGACAUUCUUAACAAUUGAAGUCGGCGCGGGGCAUCAUCAGCUCUCUCAACUCUCGACUGCGUUGGCUCCGACGCUUCAGGGACUUCGUCAGAAAGGCUAUUACGCAGAACCCCGAUUCCAUGCAUCCGUCGCUUGGGCUUUACUUGACGAAGCUCCGUCCGAAUCACAGACCCAAUUCCCCACCAUCCCUGGUAUCCCCUCUCGGUUGAUCGAUAAAUUGAACCAGGAAUACCAAAGCGGACUCUCAGCCAAGUCAAUGAACUUCUACGACGCUGAUACGAUCUGCGUCAAAAUCGGCAAAGAGGUUUUCUCGUGGCGCUUGAAGGGUUCCGGUCAAUGACGGAGCUGCCCAGCUCAUAGUCAUGAGCUGUAUACCCUAU